CAACAGUUGCUUUAAUUUAAAUGAAGUGAUAAUAUAAAUAGCUACCGGCUGAUUCGCUCAGGAAUCACGACCAUUCAGUGCCGUUCACUCAGAGUCUUCCUUCGUCUACUUCAUUUCCAUUACCUUCGAGACUUCGUGAAUGGCCGGCGGAGGAGAGUGCCCAGUGAUAGGGAUUGAUCUAGGGACGACGUACUCGUGCGUAGCGGUGUGGAAGGAUGAUCGAGUAGAGAUCAUAGUAAAUGAUCAGGGAAACAGGACGACGCCGUCUUAUGUGGCCUUCACUGAAGAAGUGCGUUUGGUCGGUGAAGCAGCCAAGAACCAGGUUGCCAGGAACCCAACUAACUCUGUCUUUGAUGCAAAGCGGCUGAUUGGUAGGAGAUUUAGUGAUUCUAUAGUUCAAAAAGAUAUCAAGCUUUGGCCAUUCAAGGUCAUUGAAGGCCCAGAAGACAAGCCUAUGAUUGUGGUCACUUAUAAAAAUGAAGAAAAACAUUUUUCUGCCGAGGAAAUCUCAUCUAUGGUCCUUAAUAAGAUGCGUGAGAUUGCUGAGGCCAACCUAGGCACAAGUGUGAAGAAUGCUGUAAUCACUGUACCAGCAAACUUCAGUGACUCACAACGUAAGGCUACAAAGGAUGCCGGAUGCAUUGCAGGACUCAAUGUCAUGCGAAUAAUCAAUGAACCAACUGCUGCAGCCAUUGCUUACGGUCUUCACAAGAUGGACGUUGGCAAGAAAAAUGUCUUGAUCUUUGAUUUGGGUGGUGGUACUGCAGAUCUCUCACUACUUACAAUUGACAAAGGUACUUUUGAAGUGAAGGCUGUUGCUGGAGACACUCACCUCGGAGGUGAGGACUUCGACAACAGAAUAUUAGAGCAUUGCAUUGAAAUAUUUAAGAGGAAAUACAAGGAGGACAUUAGUGGAAAUAUUGCCAGAGCUGUAAGGAGGUUGAGAACUGCUUGUGAAAGAGCGAAGAGGAUUCUUUCUUCUACAACCGAGACUAGCAUCGAAGUUGAUGGUUUGUGUAAGGGUAUUGAUUUCGACUUAAGUAUUACUCGUGCCAGAUUUGAUGAACUUAAUAUGGACUUGUUCAACAAGUCUAUUGAGCUUGUGGAGAAAUGUUUGACUGAUGCUAAAAUGGAUAAAGGAGAAGUCCAUGAUAUCGUUCUUAGUGGUGGUUCUUCCAGAAUUCCUAAAGUGCAACAGCUACUGCAGGAAUUCUUUGGUGGAAAGCAGCUUAAUAAGAGCAUCAACCCAGAUGAAGCUGUGGCUUAUGGAGCCGCUAUUCAAGCUUCAAUCUUGGCAGGUGUGGGUAAUGAGAAAGUUGAAAACAUUGUAGUCUUGGAUGUCACCCCUCUGUCCCUUGGGGUGGAGGUCGGUGAAAGUGAGAUGUCCGUUGUGAUUCCAAGAAAUACUGCCAUUCCCACCAAGAUGGAGCGACACUAUACCACCAGGUUUGACAACCAAACUUGUAUUUUGUUUCCUGUUUUUGAGGGUGAGAGAGCAAGAACCGUCGAUAAUAAUAAGUUGGGAGAAUUUAUGCUUUCCUCCAUUCCUCCAGCACCUAAGGGUGUCACUAAUGUUAGAGUAUGCUUUGAGAUAGAUGCCAAUGGUAUUUUGAAUGUUUCUGCGGUGGAGCAGACCACCGGCAUAAGUUGCAAGAUCACCAUCAACAAUGACAAGACGAGGCUGUCCAAGGAAGAGAUUGAAAGGAUAGUUCAAGAUGCAGAGAAAUACAAGGUUGAAGACGAAGAGCACAGGAAGAAGGUUAGGGCUAAGGAGGCUUUGGAGAAGUAUGCUUACAAAAUGAGGAACAUGCUCAAUGAUAAGGAGAUUGGUGGCAAGCUUCACGCUGCUAGUAAGAAGACAAUUGGUGCUGCUAUUAACGAGGUGAUUCAUUGGUUAGAUGGCAUCCAACUUGCGGAGAUAGAUGAGUUUGAGAAGAAGUUGAGUGGACUGGAGUUAAUCUGCAAGCCCACCAUUGAAAAGAUAUAUAGACAACAAUGGUUCAACAAGGAAGCACAGGCCCAACAAGACCCGUCUUGUACAAAUCUUCCACCUACCUUAAUUGGUGAUGGAGUGACAUUACACCUGAGUGAAAACAUCUCAACAGAGUGUCUAAAAUGUGGAAGUAUGGAAAUAUCAAAGGGGUUCAGUGGGUGGUCCUAUGAAUCGACUUGUGGCGAAUAUUGCUAUCAUGUGGCAUGUGUGAAGGACUUGAUUCUUGAGAAUGGACAAAAUGAUUGGGUUGAUACAAUAAGUAACACGGUGUUGCAGAAUAUGAUUGAGAAUGGACAAAAUGAUGUGGUUAAUACAAGUAGCACGGUUUUGCAGAAUAUGUUCGAGAAUAUGGUUGAGAAUGGACAAAAUGAUUUGGUUGAUUCAAUUAGUAACAUGGUUCCAGAGGAAGACGUAAGACAACAAAGGAAAGGGAGCUCAAGAGGAAAGAAGAUUUGCUUGAUAGCGGCUAAAACGAGUAUCAACCUCAUUGUUUCAGCCCUCAAUUUGGAUCCAGUUUCUGCGGUUACUGGUGUUAUUGAAGCGUUCACUUCAACAUGAUUUAUUUUACGACGGGAUGGAAAGUUUGAGUUAUGUGUUUGUAUCUGUGUGUGUGUUUAAUUGAGGAGAGAUUUACACUUUACAUAUAUUAUUAUUUCUUCGCAGUUGUUCUUGGUGUACUGCUUUGUCUAAUAGGCAUAAAAUAUGUUGAGCACUUUUAUUUUUUUUAAUUGAAUAGGGAAAAAAGUG